AUGUAUUUGGACUUGGUCUUGGACGUUGGAAUAUCUUCCAGAAGCAAGGGGAACAACACUUCGCAAAUGGCAGCAGCCAGCAACAUUCAUCUUCCCAGGGAGCACAUUUCAUGUAGCCAAUGGAUGACCCUGGGGAUGCUGGUGCUGAUGGCGGCAGCGAUGGCCCAAAGUGAUGAUCAGAUGCCCCAGGAAAGCAAACAGCAGAAGCAGCUUCACACCCAGAAGGUGACGGACGACGCCAAAGGAAGCAACGGGAACUCUGGAGGUGGAGGAGGAACAGGCCGGAUACUUCCUCUGAAUGGACCCGACAAAAACAAACGAGGUGCGCCGGAUAUUCAGACAAUCGUCGGAACUCCGUACAUAAAUCAACCGGUGGUGGCAGCCGCAGCCAGUCCAGUGGCCACAAGUGCCGUCCUAUCGUCGGUGGCCAUCCCGGCAGCUGGAGCAGGAACUUUGGUCGGUCCGGUAACCGCCUACACUUCCUACGGACAUCCACAUGUGGCCGGAUCGUCCGGAGCGCUGGUCCAGAAUGUAGCUGCCUCGUCGCCGCAGGCUCUGUACCAUAAGCUGAACUAUGCGAUCCCCGGCUCCACGGCACUGAAGGUGGCCACCUAUGCUGCGGCACCAGCUCAUUAUGAGUAUGCUGCUGCUCCGACGGCCACAGUUACUAAGGUAUGCCUAUGUUGUCCUACCAACUAA